AUGGAGUUGCAUGCUAUUGAUGACAAGCUAGCCCUAACACUAUUCGACCAAACCUCCAUUUUCUCCUUCGUUCUCCUCCUCCGACAAAAACUGACCUCGCAUUCUUCGUUCUCCGCCUCCGACCAUAACCCUCCUCCUCAUCUCCGUUCUCCGGCUACAAUCACAACCCGACCCUCCUCGUCCUCCUCCUUUUCCGCCUCGGACCAGCUCCUCUGCUCGAAGACGGUGAAGAGAAUCAACCUCUUCGUUCUCCACCUCCGACCACAACCCUCCUCCUCGUCUUCAUUCUCCGGCUACAAUCACAACCCGACCCGCCUCGUCCUCCUCCUUUUCCGCCUCGGACCAGCUCCUCUUCUCGAAGACGGUGAAGAGAAUCAGAGAUCGAGGUCGACCUUUUGGAGAAAAUUUGAGCUUUUUGUCAUAGCUUUGUGGGCUGCAUUAGAGCUUUCUGGGCAUUCAUGUUCUGAGCUUUCUGGGCAUUCUCCAUAUCUGAGGAGGCUUCGAACUGUGUUAUCUAGUCAUGAAGGUUUCUGUAGCCAGGGCUUUGAUGUUACUGUACUUGAAAAUGAUAGUCUUGAUGAUGUGGGUAUCCAUGGUUAUUGGUAUCCCUACAGGAAUAUAUUCAGCCUUGUUGAUGAGCUAGAGAUUAAACCCUUCACUAACUGGACUAAGUUUGCGCAAUAUUCAGCUGAGGGAUUGGAGGUUGAAUUUCCGGUAUUUCGAGACCUUCCUCAGUUGCCAACUCCAUUAGGAACCUUGUACUAUUCACAGUUUGUUCAGUUUCCGUUGGUUGAUAGAUUAACUUCACUUCCUUUAACGGCUGCAGUAAUCGACUUUGACAAUACUGAUACUGCCUGGAGAAAAUAUGACUCAAUUAUUUCAAGGGAGCUCUUUACGCAGUUUGGCUGCUCACAAAAGCUUUAUCAGAAAGUCCUAGCACCAUUGCUUCAAGUGGGUCUGUUUGCACCAGCAGAACAAUGUAGUGCUGCUGCUACUCUGGGCUUGCUAUCCUACAUCCUUGCUUACCAGAAAGAUUUUGAUCUAGUGUUGUGUCGUGGAACAACUAGGGAAAAGAUCUUUAAGCCGUGGAUGGAGUCUAUGACAACCAAAGGUUGCAAGUUUGAGAAAGGUCUAAGUGUAACAGACCUUUUGUUUAAUGAGGAAACUGGCUGUAUUUCUGAAGUAGUUUGUGGCAAAGAAAUGUAUAGUGCUGACGCAGUUGUCCUAGCUGUUGGAAUCUCCACGCUUCAUAAACUUAAUGAAAAUAGUGCAGUGUUGUGCACGAGGGAGGAAUUUGUCAAGGUCUCGAACCUGGCUACCAUCGAUGUACUCUCCAUUAAGCUCUGGGUCGAUAGGAAGCUUGUCUAA